AUAAUUUCCAACAUUGUAAAAUCAAAAUUGAUUAUAAAUUUAAAGGAAAUAUGAAAGAAUCAAUUUAUCAAAUAGUUUAUUCCGAUAUAUCCCAGACUUAGGGAUACGACUUUAAAGAUUAAACACAAUAUGUACAGAGUAUGUAUAUUAGCUUAAAUUAAGUCCUACUUAAUCCUGAUUAACUAUUCUACUCCGCCGUUGGAACCGUAUUCAGAGUAAGGCGUCGUAGCCUGCCCAAUACGAAGAUUUCGUCUAUAGCUUUUUUGGCAUAGAAUUUUUGGUCCUCGCUGAGUUUGCGGUACUCAAGGGACCAGGUCUGUGCAUAAACAUUGGACUCCUCGACCCCACUUGCGUCGAGUGGUAGCGCGAUCUCGGGAAUGUCCGGAAUACGGGCUGAAGCUGCAGUGGAAUCUCCGCCGCUGACCGCUUCCCCCACAAAGGCGGCAACAUCGGCAGGAGAGGGUUUUGUUUCCAACUCAUCCGACAUGGAUUGUUGGUCAUCAUGUUCCUCAUGAUGCUCCUGGUCCGUCUCCUCCUUUCUGUCGUUGGAUUCGCCCUUGGAAUUGUAGCAGCAGAAUGCCUGUUUCUUGAGAUACUGCAGGUGACACCGGUGACGCCUCAGGUUCGUUGUGGAUUUGUGGGUGAAGGACAUAAUGCUCCUGCAGCCGAUGCAGAACAGUACGUGCUCCAGAAAGCUACCAUCGUCCUUCUUGAUCUUGCGAUACACCCGCCACACAGUGCUCCGUGUGCUUUUGUCAUUAACAGCCAAUUGGUAGACGCCGGUUUCAAUUUUCUCGUGAAUAUCAUCGAAUUUUAGCGGCAUCUUGAAUUAUUUUGCUAUUUUGUUUUGUUUUGUUCAACUAGUCUUUAUCAUCCACAUCGAUUGUCCAUAAUCGUGCUAAUCGAUUGCACCGCCCAGGUGGCAACCCCGAUUAGAGGCACAUUGCGCCGGCAAUUUUACAUAUAUCAUUUUGUUUUUAUUAUUUUUUAAAGUGUUUUCUUGUUUUCCUACCUGGUUUAAAUGGCGGCAUUGUGCUUAGACUUUCUCGGCUUCCAGGUGGGGGUUGGAAUAUUGUUGUUUGGGUUAGUAGCCGGCAUACUAAAUGGCUUUAAGUUUCCAAACAGGAGGCACUGAAGAAGAUGCGAGAUGUGGACGACAAGAUUAUAUAUGCACUAAAUGCCCUGCCAACGGAGUCGUUUAAGGGUCAAGUGAACAGUGAAAGCACCUGUCGCGAUCUGUACGCGAAGCUCCAGGAGUCACACUUGGCCAGGCAAGAAAGCAUACGCAGUUGCAUAACAAUUUCGGCUAGUAAUCUGAAGAAGCUAAGGGAAAAGCGGGAGACCCAGCCGGAUGAUGUGGAUACGGAUAACCAGUUUAGGGCGGAGCAGCGCAAGCUGCGGGUUCUCCAGGCCGAGCUCAAUGUCGAGGACAUCAUUAAAGAUCGUUCCUACAAGACCUUCAAUGAACGAUGCCGGUCCUAUUUUCAUGCUGGCCAAUAGGUGGAACAAAUGCAAUGACUAGUUUUAGGUGGAUUUAUUAGCAGAAGUCUCAUGGAACUGCCAAGCCAGAAGGCAUUUACAUGCACUCCGUUGUAUUACAAGUUGUUUACAACAAGUACAUAAAUAUAACAGUCUAAAAAGC